AUGGACCCCAAGUGCUCCUGCCCCACUGGCGGCUCCUGCGGCUGCGCUGGAUCCUGCACCUGCACCUGCAAAGCCUGCAGAUGCGCCUCCUGCAAGAAGAGCUGCUGCUCCUGCUGCCCCGUGGGCUGCGCCAAGUGUGCCCAGGGCUGCGCCAAGUGUGCCCAGGGCUGCGUCUGCAAAGGGGCCUCGGACAAGUGCAGCUGCUGUGCCUGA